GCGGUAUUGGGGCGCUAUAAAACUCGUCGAAACGUACGAAGUAUUGAAGACAACAGAGGGCCGCUUACUAAGAGAUAACACACCAGGUUCUCUAUACCUGUAAAUCUGGAAAGUUUUUAGUGUAAACUGUGCUAGAUGCACGUUCAUGUAUAAAGCAGUGAGGAGAAACGAAUAUUUUUCAUUUGAGGAGUUUGGCUGAGCCAGAGAACACAACAAACAAUCACUUGCGAUCCUUCGAAAAGCUUACAGGUAUUGUUAUCAGUGACUUCCGGAAUGCUGUUGUCAGGAAACGGUAAACUACAAUAUAGCUGAGAGGUCGGUCUAAGAUAUUCCAGGCGUGAUUUUCCAUAACAGAGAAAGUUAUCAAUAUGGCCAAAGAGCAGAUGCAUCCAGAGCAGUUUGGUGCUCUUCUUCACAGAAUAAUGAUGGAGACCGGUUCAUCACAGAAGAAGCUAGAAAUCUUGUUUUCUGCCAAAGGUUAUUAUAAUGCCAAUCAGGUUUCUUCUAUGCUCAAUGCAUUUGCAAUUCCAUCAGACAAAGUCAGAGCUAUGCAGAUCAUGGAACCUAGAUUGUGUCGUAUGACGUGUGACCAAGCAAGGGAAAUAAUUGCUUCUGCCAGUGUACACAAUGACAAACUCAUUCUAUUAGACUGUAUAAAAAGGGCAUUAGUGGACUGCCAAAGCAGAGUAGGCGUAGAAUAUAUCCUAAGUGCUUUUACUUAUGAAGGAGAUAAAAUGAGAGCAAUGUCAAUUUUAAACACAGUGAGGUCGGAUGUGGCAGAUGCUGUCCCGGCAGGAGGACACCAGGGGUAUGCAGCCCUGGGGGGACUGUAUACACAAGCCAGACCCCUGGUACCCCAGCUGUAUGGAAGCAUAGCACAACAGGUUCUAACUAUACCGGGCCAAGGAAAAAUAGAAAUCCCCCCUCAGGCAGAACCUGGUGUUGUGCCCUCGUUUUACACGGGUCACCCGUCCUACGCCUACCCUCCAGAUAAAUCAUACCAGGAGGUGAGAGGGUACCCAGGAACACAGGGGGUGGAACCCUUCACAUUUCAGACUGGCUACCCUGCAGGAGGACCACCUCUGGGUUACCAUGGGGGUGCACCCGCACCCACUGGGUUUCCGGGGUUGUCACCAACUGGAUAUUAGUGGGAAAUAAGAUUUGUGACUAAUGAAUUGAUGCGGGGCUGUUCAGGUUGUGUUCUACCACAAAAUUCCAGGGGCAGAUUGAGGCCAUCUUCUGGGUCUUCUGGAUUUUCAGCUUUACAUUGACGGAUAUACAUUUUUUCUGUUGGAAGAUGGUCAAAAAAGGAAGAUGGAUCAACAAAGAUAAUUUGGAAGACUGUCAGAAAAUAUCUCUGGAUCCGCCCCUGAAUUUCUGUUUUGCAAAUCUCAGUCUGGCUCUUGUAACCAAAAUUAUGAUGAU